AUGCCAUCAACACUUCGAGCCACGACCGCGUAUGCGGCGCACACUUUCACCCUCCUGUCGCUCCUCACAGCCUCCGCCAUGGCGCACGCCGCACCCUCUCUCGAUGACUUGGGCUCCAUGCACAUGAACGACAUGCAGAAGCGUGUGCCAAAUGGCUACCUUGGCUGCUUCUCAUCUUCUGGAAGCUUGGACGACCUAGGAUCAUACAUGUACCAAGCUAGUGGAUACUGUUUGGAAAAAUGUUCUGGCCAGGCCAUCACGGCUCUUACUGGAGGCGAUACCUGCUUGUGUGGUGACAUAGCACCUUCACUAGGCGACAAAGUCGACAACUCCAAGUGCUCCAUCAACUGCAAUGGUUAUCCCGUGGAAAAGUGUGGUGGAGACGGCUUCUACACAGUAUAUGCUACCGACGGUCAAGUCGGUGGAGUAGAGUACGCAGACGGUGGCUCGACAUCAUCGUCUUCAUCGGCCGACGGCUCGACUACCGAAGCACCAUCGUCCACAGGAAAGCCUAGUGUUGUAUCCAGCACAGUAGCGGGCGGCUCGACCGUAAUUGUCACGAUACAACCAACGAGCGACCCACAAUCAACAUCGUCAUUGGAUGGUGGCGGCGGUGGCGGUGGUGACGGCGGCACCAACACAGCUGGCAUUGCUGCUGGCGUGGUAGUGGGUGUGGUAGCAUUUGCUGGCCUCAUCGCCGGUCUAGUGUUCUGCAUCCGCAGGAAGAAGCAAAAGGAGGCCGAAGAAGAGUUCAGACAGAAGAACCAAGUGUCGGACUUUAUGCGCGGCUCAAACGAGAGGAAACCACCAGGCACAGGCUACAGUGGGCUGAGCGACCAACGACUAGAUCCCGAAGCCGGCGCACGACGAAACAGUGUGGGCAGUCUGGCAGAUAACCAGGACUACUCGAGGAGGAUAUUAAGGGUGGCCAAUCCGGACUCAAGUUAG